AGUUGAUAUGCGCUCCAACAGUAAAACUGGGCAACCAAUCUUGAUCCAUAAGAAAGGUAGCAAAGUUGUUGGCCUUCAUUGCAAUCCAGUUCAUCCAGAGCUUCUUUUGAGCUGUGGAAAUGAUCAUUUUGCUCGCAUUUGGGAUAUGCGUCGACUUGAAGCUGGAUCUUCUCUUUGUGAUCUUGUGCACAAACGUGUUGUUAAUUGUGCAUAUUUCUCUCCAUUGUCUGGGAGCAAAAUUCUUACCACCUCUCAAGAUAACCGUCUUCGUGUAUGGGAUUCUAUCUUUGGAAAUUUGGAUUCCCCAAGCCGAGAGAUUGUACAUAGUCAUGAUUUCAACAGACAUCUAACUCCUUUUCGAGCUGAAUGGGAUCCUAAGGAUCCUUCAGAAUCCCUUGCAGUUAUUGGUCGUUAUAUAAGUGAAAAUUACAAUGGUGCUGCUUUGCAUCCCAUUGAUUUCAUAGAUACCAGCAAUGGGCAACUAGUUGCUGAAGUUAUGGAUCCUAACAUCACAACUAUUACUCCUGUAAACAAGCUACACCCUCGAGAUGAUAUUUUGGCAUCUGGCAGUUCAAGGUCCCUUUUCAUUUGGAAGCCGAAGGACAAAUCUGAACUUGCAGAACAGAAGGAAGAUAGGCAGAUUGUUAUUUGUGGAAAUGCUGAGAAGAAGUCCAAACGGAAGUUUGGGGGUGGAAGUGAUGAUGAUUCUGAUGAUGAUGGAUUAUUCAAAUCCAAAGGCAAGAAGUCUACGUUGAAAAAAUCCCAAUCAAAACCAGUUCACUGUCCUCGCAAAGUUAAACGCUAGGCCAAGGAAUGUGAUGAUCUUCAAAAUUUGUCAUAAUUUUGAUAGUUUUGCUUUUCCAACUAACCCUGUAUAUAGGUAGCCAGUCAUCCCUCCACAAAAAAGCUAGUAAAAUAUAAGUGUGUUUGUUAGACAAUUUUUGAAUAGAAUAUGCUUCCCUUUUGGAUUUAAAGAGCCAAUUUUAGAUGGAAGGACUUUAUAGUUAUUUUUUAAAUAUAAAGGGAUUUAAAUGUUAAUUUGAAUAUAAUUUAGGACUUAACUAUAUUUUAUCCUUGCAGACAAAAAUGGCUCUUCCUUUUGUAAUCCGUACUGAUAACUUUAGAGGAAGCAUUUGGUUCAUUCGGCUUUGUGGUAGGGCACCAGUAGGGUAUCCUUCCCUAAAUAGCUUGUGUUUUUCUUAGACUGUAGACUGUACAUGCAGAUAUAAAAAUAUUUCUGCAAAUUUUUAUUUA